AAUUGAUCCAUUGAGUUUUAAAAAAAAUUUAAUAUAUCGUAUUAGGUAAAUGAUAAGCGAUUUGAAAACGCCCGCUGAUAUGGCAUAAAAAGUGAGGUUAGCCAUGUUUUUCCCCUUCGACCAAUUAAACUUUCUCUCGGUGUGAACACGUGCGUUUAACGUCUAAGAAGUUAGCUCUUAUCGUCGAGCAUUAGCUCUUGGGUCGCAUACAUAACCAAGAUUUAAAUCGAUUUCGUCGUCUAACCCGUUUAGGUUAGAAAGAUGGCGAAACUGAGACGCGCGGUUUGGGGUCUUUCGUCCAAUUUUGCAUCUAACCGAUACUUUUCUCGUUUAUUAACUGCACCAUGGUGCAAUAUCCACACGACUUUGUCACUUAAUGGAUUCUCCUCGAAUACUGCUGUUGACAACGAAAAUGCAUUGAUUAUCAGCGAUAGUUGUGUGAAACGUCUAAAAGAAAUAGCAAACGAGAAUGCAUGUUUGAGAGUUACCGUAGAAGGUGGAGGCUGUUCCGGAUUUCAAUAUAAAUUUGAUUUGGAUUCAAGCAUACACGAAGACGAUAAAAUAUUUCAAAAGGAUGGUGCUAAGGUGAUUAUAGAUUCGACGUCUUUAGAAUAUAUAAAAGGGGCGACUGUAGAAUAUCAUACAGAGUUAAUACGUUCUGCAUUUAGGAUAAUCAAUAAUCCUUUAGCAGAACAGGGAUGUAGUUGCGGUGCUAGUUUUUCCAUUAAAAUGAAUUAAUUUUCUUUCGAUAUAUUAUUUUGUAGCUAGAUAAUGGUUAGGGAUCUACCUUGUAUGUAUAACAUAACUUAUAAAUCUCUGCAAUUUCACGUACGACCUUAUUCCCUCUCUCCAUCUUAAUUAUUAUUGUAAAUAUAUUACGUAUACGUAGCUAUCCCACUGAACGAGAAACUUACGUGAAGGUACGUUGUAAGUGUAAGUUUAUCUUUGUAGAUAAAAAAUUUAAUAAUGUAUAAAGCGUACAACAUAGGAUUAUUAUUGUUUGUAAAAUAUUGAGAUACUUGUGGAAACCGAAA